CCCUCCCUCUCUCUCUAAAAAUAAAUAAAUAAAAUCUUUAAAAAAAAUAAGUAGGGAUACAACUUUAAAUAUUAUUAAAAAUCAUAUCACCUUAUUAGCAUAAUUAGUGCCAAUCGACAUUAUUGGUCUUUUGUGGUAAACUGGUAGGUCAAGUUGUCUUGAAGCAGCUCUCUGAAAAUGCCAGAAUUAUCUGUUAGUGGAAAAUAGUUUGUCCAGAGAUAUGUAAAAGAUAUAGCUUCAAUGAAUAUCCAAUGCAUUGUUUAAUAAAAGAUUAAAAUCAAACCAUUAUCAAGAUUUUGGUUGAAUAGUAUAUAUAUUGUAAUUCUACCCUGCUGUUCAAAAUGAAUAGGCAGCCUUGGCCAGUGUGGCUCCGUUGGUUGGAGCGUUGUCAUGUAAACCAAAGGGUUGCGGGUUCGAUUCUCAGUCGGAGCACAUACCGAGUUUGUGGGUUUGGUCCCUGGUCAGUGCACAUGCGACAAUCAACCAAUUGUUGUUUCUCUCUCACAUCAAUGUUUCUCUUCCUCUCACGCUCCCUUUUUCCCUUCCCCUCUCUCUAAGAUCAAUGGGCAUCUCCUCAGGUGAGGAUUUUUUAAAAGUGGGACAGUUGCUUAGUAAGAGUAGAAGGAUUGAGGACAUGUUUGUUUGUUUGUUUGUUUAUUGGAAAAAUGUAUGCCCUGACCAGUGUGGUGUUGUCCUGCAAAGGAAAAGGUCAAUAGUUCGAUUCCCACUUAGGGCACAUGCCUCCGUUGUAGGUUCGGUCCCCAGUUGGAACGCGUAUAAGAGACUUUCUCCCAGACUCACCCACACAAUGUUUCUCUUUCUCCUCCCCAUCCCCCCUCUCUAAAAAUAAAAAAAUGAAAUUAAAAAAAAAAAAAAACAGGCAGAGUUACAGGAGACAACGUUUCCAGUAUUCUGUGGGAAGUGUUGUAGGAAGAAUGUCCAGUGUAAUUCCAUCGUGUGUGUGAGAGAGAGAUCUGGUAGGCACUAGUGUACAUACCAUGUGGAUUAUAGUGCGCCAAGUCAGGUCUUGCGGCAACAACUACUUUUCUCUGGGUUGUGUGAUUAUUUUUGUUCAUCAGCAUUUUCUGACUUACCUACCAUGAAAACAAUGUACAUAGAAGACAGGGAGGUAGGGAAACUUCAAGAAAAGCCAGCUCUGCUUGCGGAGGAGAGUCUUUCUGGUCAGCCCUCAAAAGAAGUACAGCUCAAGGUUCCCCUCCUGUGUCCUUUUAAACAGAAGCAUCUUUCUGCAUAAGGGGUUUCUUCUCCUCUUAACAUUUAUUAAUAGGCGUACAUACUAUACAGUGCCCAAAACAAAAAGCACAGUGGAAAAAAUGAUUAUUAAAGAGACUGCCUCCUCUAUGAACAGCACCCAAAUUACUGAUGACAGUAAUUCUUCAGCUUUGUUAAAUCCUUCUCAAACCCCAAGCCUGAAAUUCAGCAUCACUUCCUUGUCGCCUAAACAGACCUCCACAUCUCAGGGCUCAGAAGCAAUGCAGGAGCCCCCUUUUCUCCAUAGCGUCAAACACCCCAUGGCUUGCAGAUUAGAAAUAUCACUAUUUUUGAUCCCAGUCUCAUGCAACGCAUCCUAUUGUUCUCUACUUGUUCAGAAUCCAACUUGAAACAUCUUGUUUGAUAUUUCCACAUUUGCAGUUGCAUCUCUGGUAGCAGCUGCUGGGUACCAGGCCCAGCCUCAGGAUGCGCGUACUGCCUGGCCUUCCCUCUCCUAGGCGCUCUUCCCUGUGUGGAUGGGCAGGCAUCUGCCUGGCACAGCUGUGUGGGCUUCACGUCGUCAUUCACGCCAGUGGGCUGGAGGAGCUGAUGCGCUAUUACCAGGUCACAUGAAGACUGACUGCGGUCACCCAGAGUGGGUACAGAUAAAGAAGAGCCCACAGACCGAGCCUGGCCCCCCACAUGACUUGGAGCAAAGUAGGAAGGAACUGCAGCGAUGUGGUGCCUGAGCAGCCAGGAUUGGGGCAACUUCAAGGAGCUGGUCUCGCUGCCGGAGGCAGCCCUGGACCUGGAGCAAGCCCACAGGGGCGUGUUCACAGAGCUGGCCAUCCCCUACCUCAGGUUAAAGCCGCAGAAGACGCUGGGACACCUGGAGUUCUUCUGGUCCCGUGUCACCAUCCCAAAGGUGCUGAGAGCCACAGGGCAAGCCCAUUUGUGGGCGGAGCUGGCGUUCCUCUGUAACAGGUACAAGGAGUAUGACAAUGCCAUCCUCACCAUGAUCAGUCGCCCCAGGCGCCUGGAGAGAAGGGCAGGUCAAGGACACCAUUGCCAAGAAAGGCUGUGACCUCCUGGAGUGUGAGAGCAUCAUCUACGCCCUCAACAACUUUGACAACGUCGUCCUGGCCCAGCGGUUGGAGAACCACCAGCCUAUCCAGUUCAAGCACGUUGCCACCUGUCUGUGCAAAGGCAGCAACCAAUGGACACAGAGUGUUGAGCUCUGCUAAAAAGACCAUGUCUACAAGGCCAGCAGCUGACCGGGACAGCAGGCCAUGCUGAUGGACCAGCCCCUGCUGGCUUUCCCUGGGUGGUUGGGGGGGGGCAGCCACUUGGCCUUUGCCCAGCCUCCUUUGUACUCCUUCAGCAUGUAUCAGGCUCUCAGUGGCAACACACUCCCUGCCGAGUUAUUAACCUCUCCAAGGAGCACAGAGGACCUGGAUGAAAGGCUGGGAAACCUGGAUGUUAUUUAUUUUUGCUGAGGCCCAGUGACGGCAGCCACUGAGCCAUCCCAGAACCCCUGACUACCUAAGAAGACCAACUCCAGACGCCUGGCAGGGAGUUCAGUCAAGUCUGUAGACCCUCUGUCUGAAGACGGACAUCCUGGGGAGUUCUUGAUUGCAAUGAGUCCCCUAGUCCCGGCAUUUGGGGGAUGGGCGCCCUCUCUUUACUCAGCACUGGAGGAACUGCCACUCUCCUGGCUUUGAGCCUCCUGCUGAUCAUGAAUAUUAAAGUCGGUUUAUCAAGGCAAAGCUUUCCUGCUUGGUGCUGGUGUGGGUGGGAGAGCGGGGCACUUGUCAACACUGUGCAAUGCACGGUGGUAGCCGCUGGGCCCAAGGGUAGGGGGAGGCCAACCCCUCAAACUGUAAGGAUAGGGCUAGCCCACGUGUUUCUCCGCCGCCAUCCCUGGAGGUCCUGCCCACACGGCAGAAGCGCAGACCCUGACCCGCUUCUUCCUGCGCCGGCCUAGGGGACCGCACUUUGUUUUCUGUUUUGUUUUGCUUUUAGAUUUAGGAGAAGGGAGGGAGAAAGAAAAGUUGAUAUGCGAGAGCUACAUCGAUUGAUUCAUAUGCUCUCAACGGGGAAGUUUGCCCGCAACCCGGGCAUGUGUCCUGAAAAUGGAUCCGGGCGCUCAGUCCACAAAGCCACAGGAGCCUGGGCCAGGGGGAUUGCACUUUGAACCACAGCUCCCGCCCGAUGCAGCACCGCCUUCCAAAGACCCCGCCCCCAACCCUACCUCGCGUGGUUGUCCAGUGACCGGCUCGGCUAUUGGCUGGGUUGCCGGCCCCGCCCCGGCCUCAGUUUCCCGGCCCGCCCGGGGCGGGCCGAGGGCGGGGACCCGCUCGAACCACGCGGGGCGGAGACCAGGAGCUGACGCGACCGCCCCGCCCCCCAGAAAACCACCCGCCGCCACCGCCUCUGCAGACGGCUUUGAGUGCCGGAGGCUCGGACCCGCGGCCCAUGCCGGGUGCCCCCCCUCCCGUCCCCCGCCUCCCCGCAAUGGCGGCGCCCCGCGACCUGGCGGCGGCCGCAGCCGCGCCCGGAAAGGCCAAGCUGACGCACCCGGGGAAGGCUAUCCUGGCAGGCGGCUUGGCAGGCGGCAUCGAAAUUUGCAUCACCUUCCCCACUGAGUACGUGAAGACACAGCUGCAGCUGGACGAGCGCUCGCACCCGCCUCGCUACCGGGGCAUUGGGGACUGCGUGCGUCAGACAGUCCGCAACCAUGGCGUCCUGGGCCUGUACCGGGGCCUCAGCUCCCUGCUCUACGGCUCCAUCCCCAAGGCGGCCGUCAGGUUCGGGAUGUUUGAGUUCCUCAGCAACCACAUGCGGGACGACCAGGGACGGCUGGACAGCACCCGCGGGCUGCUAUGUGGCCUGGGCGCCGGGGUGGCUGAGGCCGUGGUGGUCGUGUGUCCAAUGGAGACCAUCAAGGUGAAGUUCAUCCAUGACCAGACCUCCCCUAACCCCAAAUACAGAGGAUUCUUCCACGGGGUUCGGGAGAUUGUGCGGGAACAAGGGCUGAAGGGGACAUACCAGGGCCUCACAGCCACCGUGCUAAAGCAGGGAUCCAACCAGGCCAUCCGCUUUUUCGUCAUGACCUCCCUGCGCAACUGGUAUCGAGGGGACAACCCCAACAAGCCCAUGAACCCACUGAUCACUGGCGUGUUUGGAGUUAUUGCGGGUGCAGCCAGUGUCUUCGGGAACACUCCUCUGGACGUGAUCAAAACCCGGAUGCAGGGCCUGGAGGCAAAGAAAUACCGGAACACGUGGGACUGUGGCUUGCAGAUUCUGAAGAAUGAGGGGCUCAAAGCAUUUUACAAGGGCACUGUCCCCCGCCUGGGCCGGGUCUGCCUGGACGUGGCCAUCGUGUUCAUCAUCUACGAUGAGGUGGUGAAGCUGCUCAACAAGGUGUGGAAGACAGACUAACCCCUAAGGGUCUGCACUGGGGCUGCCCUCAGGCACCUCCACACCAGCCCCCUCUGCCCUCUUCUCAUGAUUCCAGUGCAGUCGUGCCAAAAGGCCCCCUUUCCUGUCCCUUGCAUUCCGUGGCCGGGGCCUGUCCCCUGUGGCCAUUGAGUCCAUGUGUCCCAUAGUACUGUGUGUCCCUUGUGGUCCAUAUAAUAUCAUUGUGUCCAUGUGUUCAGCGGAGGCUGGGUGUUCCUCUGGCCUGUGAAUCUGUGCCCACUUGUCCAUGUGCAUACUCAGGAGCCAUGUGCCUGUGGUUCUUGUCCUGUGUUAUAUGACCUGUGUCCCACUUCCCAGGGUGCCUCUGUAGCCUGGGGCCAUGGCCCUGUAGCUAUGGCUCGGUCCCAGCCUGGUGCCUUUCCCCACGGGCAGCAGAGGUACCUGCCCCCGGCCCACCACAGCUGCCUCCAGGCCUCAGCCUGGCCUCACUGCAUUCCAGGGGCUGCAUGCCCCCCUGCUUCUCCCGCCACUGGCCUUAACUGGCCCUUGGGCCCUCCCUCCGCCUGGGACAGGGUGGCACCCUCCACUCUCAGGACCACCCUCCCAAGGCAGAAUAAACCGGAUCCUGU